AUGGAAGGCUCCAACCACACCUCCUCCUUCCUCCUGACAGGCCUCCCAGGCCUGGAGGCUGUGCACACCUGGCUCUCCAUCCCUCUGUGGGCCAUGCACGUGGCAUCUCUGGCAGGAAACAGCCUGAUCCUGUGGGUGGUGAGCUCAGAGCCCUCCCUGCACCAGCCCAUGUACUGCUUCCUGUCCAUGCUGGCUGUGACCGACCUGGGCCUGUCUGCCUCCACCCUGCCCACCAUGCUCCCCAUCCACAUGCUGGGCAUCAGGGAGGUGGCACUGGACGUGUGCCUGGCCCAGCUCUUCUUCAUCCACACCUUCUCCAACAUGGGGUCCUCUGUGCUGCUGACCAUGGCCUUUGACUGCUUUGUGGCCAUCAGCAGCCCCCUGCGCUAUGGCGCCAUCUUCACGGGUCCCAGGAUGGCCGGGCUGGGCCUGGUCGUUGUGGUGCGCAGCGUCGGUCUCCACAUCCCGGCCCCCAUCAUGCUGAAGAUGCUGCCUUACUGCAGGACCUGCCUGCUGUCCCACUCCUACUGCCUGCACCCAGAUGUCAUGAAGCUGGCCUGUGCCGACACCCACAUCAACAGAGCCUAUGGUCUCUUUGUGGUGCUGUCCACGCUGGGGGUGGACGCUGUGCUCAUCGUCCUCUCCUAUGGGCUCAUCCUCCAGACAGUGCUGUCCAUUGCCUCCAAGGCUGAGCGCCUCAAAGCCCUCAACACUUGUGUCUCCCACAUCUGUGCUGUGCUGCUCUUCUACACACCUAUGAUUGGCCUGUCCAUGAUCCACAGAUUUGGGAGGCAGGCUUCCCCUUCCAGCCGUGUGUUGCUCUCUUAUCUGCACUAUCUCACACCUCCAGUGCUCAACCCCAUUGUUUACACUAUCAAAACCAAGCAGAUCCGACUUAGGAUGCUGCGUCUCUUCCAGUGCAAUAGAAAUAGCAAUAGGGACAAAGGGCAUGAUUAA